AUAGGCAUAGCGCGGAAUCAGGGGAGGGUAAGUGGGGUUGGCGGCUGGAGGCGAGGCAACGUGUUCGAGUCAAUCUCGCGACUCGCGUCAAUCCCGUAAUCGUCGGAACCGACCCUAUGAAUGGAUAGGGGCGGGGUAAGCAGAGAGCGAGUGGCGCCCACCGCCGCCACGUAUUGUGUCGCCGGCCAUAACGAUGCCUGUGACUUGCGUUACGAUAUUACGACCAGCAGUUCAUCAGUACGCGAUUUGCACAUCCUAACUCGGCCUCAUCCAAAUAUCCCACCUCAGUAACGCAAACACCAUGCCUCGCAAGAAGGCCUUGCUGAUUGGUAUCAACUACUAUGGUACCAAGCACCAACUGAACGGAUGUAUCAACGAUGCUAUGAACAUUCGUGAAUACCUUGUUCAGGACCAUGGCUUUUCGCCUGCACAGAGCGACAUGGUCAUCUUGACUGAUGCGCCCGAGAACAGGGGGACGCCGUUGGAGCCUAACGGUGCCAAUAUGAUGGCCGCUUUUCGAUGGCUUGUCUCCGGUAACAAUGCAGGAGACUCCGUUUUCUUAUCCUACUCUGGACAUGGAUCCCAAGUUAAGGACCCUGAUGGAGACCGAGAGUCUGGUUUCGAUGAUACUAUCUGUCCCCUAGACUUUGAAUCUCAUGGACAGUUAGACAGUGACACACUCCACAAAGCCAUUGUCUCGCCGAUGAACCCCCGUACCCGUCUAACAGUUCUCUUCGACUGCUGCCACAGCGGUUCCGCCAUCGAGCUUCCCUUCGUCUAUCGCCCGAACUCAGCAGGACAGGUAAACCUCGUCGACAACGUGAAACAGGGUAUCAGCCUUGCUACAUCAGCUUUUAAUCUCCUACAUGGAGGAUUCUCCGCUACGAAGAUCAAGGACGCUCAAGCCCUCAUUGGAGGCGCACAGUCUUUCUUUGCUUCCCUGCACCAUCAAGGUGGAGGACCUACUAAUGAGAAUGGCCUAGGCGAGGAAAACUUUGUCGAGGAUUGGAAGAAUGAGGGGAAGGAUAUUUGGAUGUUUAGUGGAUGUGCUGAUAAUCAGACGUCGGCUGAUACAAGCAUUGCGGGGGCUGCGACAGGUGCCAUGUCGUAUGGAUUCAUCAAGACUAUGAGGGAGAAUCCGAAUCAGAGUUAUAUUGAGGUCCUGCAAAAUACCCGACAACUCUUGGCACAGAAAUAUCAACAGAUCCCUCAAUUAUCUGUAGGCGGAGAAUAUGACCUACGCCAAAGAGUCUCUCUUUGAAAUAUCUCCUUUUAAGUAGAGAUGAUGCACAGAUUCAGAGUUGGUUUUAUAUACGCGAUGUUUUGCAAAGCUAGAUGCAUUAUGAAAUAAAGCAUAUGCCCGCCC